AUGUCGAACCUUACCUCAAUUACCCCUGAGGUGAUCCCAUACUCCAGUACGGAUAUACAACAGACCAUCAAAAUAUUCAGAGAAAAGAAAAUCCCCGUCUACGAGCGGGGAGAAGAUGACUAUGAACGUCAUAUCGCGACCGCCAACACCCUCUAUCGGUUUUCCACCCCCCCAUGCGUGGUUCAGCCCAGGUGCGCGUGCGAUGUUCGAGAAGUCAUCCGGGCCGCAAGACCAAGGAAAAUCCCAAUCACAAUCAAGAACGGCGGGCACUCCUACUCGGGCGCCUCCACGACGAACAUCGGGAUCUUGAUGGAACUCAGCCUAAUGAACGAGGUGGCCCUCAACGUGGACUCCAAGAGCGCUACGGUCAAGGGUGGCGCGCUCUGGUUUCAUGUGUACAAGGAACUGGUCAGCAAGCAUCUUGAUGGAUGGGUUAUUAAUGGAGGGCGCUGUCCCACCGUCGGCGUGAGCGGCUUUAUGUUGGCGGGUGGUCUCUCCCCUUUUACGAGGAGCUUUGGUAUGGGCUGCGACACUGUCACGCAGUUUACUAUUGUAACGGCAGAGGGGACUGAGGUAACCGUGUCAGAGCGGGACGAUCCCAACUCAAAGGAGGGAAAACUCUUCUGGGCCCUCCGCGGCGCUGGUAAUGGGAAUUUCGGCGUCGUCGUCGAGAUGAAAUUUUCCCUACAACAGCUGAGGUCCCCGUUUGUCGUCGCGGGGCGAUAUACCUGGUUUCCGGGGCGUGACGACACGGAUUUGUUCCUCCCCACUAUGAAUAGCUUCUAUACCUGGAACUGGCCGAGGGAAAUGACCAUCGACAGCACCUGGAUUUGCGAUCUCUCUAACACGCGAAGUGACCUGGCGGUCCGGUUUACAGUCUCCUACAAUGGUCCCCGGCAACCGUUCAAUCAGGCUAUCGACAGCUGGACUCCAGAGGGUGCCACACCUCAACAGGGCCGGCUGAAGGAGCAGCUCAAACAGCGAUCAUUACAGGAGCCAUCGUCACGCUAUCUACACGAGUCGCUCGCAGCGCAGUGGAUCGAGGAGACCAGAAAGGCCUUUCCAACCAACAGAGCCUACCGGAUUUAUACUUCCUUCGUGUUCGAGAACACCAGGGAGAAAAUUGAGCCAGUCACCCGCAUUAUUAGAGAGUGGAUGCAGAUAUUCAAGAGCAGAUUCGCAGGCGAGUCCGGUCAGAUGGAUGUCGUCUGGAUUCACGCUGGAGGGGCAGCAAACGACAGGCGUCGUGAAGAUAUGGCUUUCCGCUGGCGCAGGUCCACCUACUUCACAUAUAUCAUGAUUGAGUGGAAUGAGAAGUGGCUCGAGCAGCCCAUGCGGAAGUUUCUCGGCGAGUUCAAGCCUAACUUAAGCCCAUACGGUAUGGUCAGAUGGGCCACCAUCAUGAAUUUCCCCGACGACACACUCCGGCCAGACGCCCAUGAACAGGCAUAUUACGGAAAGAAUCGCGGCAAGUUACGCGAGACCAAGGAGAUUUGGGACCCAACCAACUAUUUCAAUUGGUCGCAGGGUAUUCGGUUGCCGGCCGAGGCAAGGCGGCGAGGCGCAACAGAUCAGGAUAACAGCAGUCUCAGGCAAGAGCAGGUUUUGAUCGCGGAGGAGGCCCUGACCGAUGUCCUGGCCCUACAGCAGUGGAUGUCCUUCAGCCCUCCCACCCCGACUGGGCUUUAUGACAGUGUAGUUUGGGGAUUUUAG